AUGACUUCAAAUUCAUUAUGCACUCGGUUUUUAUUUCUUAUAACGAUUUUUUUGUGCAUUAUUGCAUAUUUUUCUGACCUUAGUACUGCUGAUAAUUUGGAUAGUCUACCUAAUGAGCUGGAACCUAGAAACGCUUCCUAUCUUGAAAAACGAGACAAUACUGGUGAUAUCACAUUCUACGAUGUAGGCCUUGGUGCAUGCGUUUCUUGCGGUUCGAAAUCAGUCACAGUUACGGUUGUGGAUCGAUGUGCAGGAUGUAAAAAAAAUGAUGUUGACUUAAGUCCUGCUGCUUUUAACAGACUACUUUCUCCUUCG